CUUCAGAGUUCGCGCAAGUCAACGCUUAAACUACCUAAAAUGUCGCAAUUCCUUCGUUUGCACAACAAGGUGGCCAUUGUGACUGGCUCUUCAUCAGGCCUUGGUCGAGCCAUCGCUGUCCGCUACGCCCAAGAGGGCGCCCGAGUAGUCUGUGCCGACUUGACGCCAACGGCACGGUCACAAGAGGAACUUGAUAUAACCACACACGAUUUGAUCAUCGCAAACGGAGGACGAGCCAUAUUUGUCCAAACCGACGUCGGGUAUGCAACCCAGAUGGAGGACCUGGUCAAGGCCACAGUGACGACAUAUGGCCGACUUGACAUUCUCGUCAAUAAUGCGGGUAUCAGUAUCGAAGCUCGUACCCCGGCCGUGCUACACCUAACCGAUGAAGCGACCUGGGACACGACGAUGCGCGUGAACGUCAAAUCGGUCUUCUUGGGCUGCAAGUACGCCCUGACGCAGAUGUUGGCCCAGGAACCGCAUCCGUCGGGAGACCGGGGGUGGAUCGUCAAUAUCUCCUCGAUCAUGGGGAUGAUUGCCGGGCCUGAGAAUCCGUCCUACUGCGCAUCCAAGGGUGCCGUGAGCCAACUGACAAGACAGAUAGCCUUGGACUAUGCGCCACAAAGAAUCCACUCCAACGCCAUCUGUCCUGGGUAUACGCAAACCGCCAUAUUCAAAGAGACGACCACUCAUCUCACACCAUGGGAAGAUCUCCACCGCCGGCAUCCCCUGAAAGGACCGGGUGUUCCAGAUGACAUCGCCCGGAUGGCUGUUGUGCUGGCAAGUGAGGAUGCGAGUUGGGUGACUGGGGUCUGCUUACCUGUGGACGGCGGAUACACUGCUCGUUAA